CCCUCUCAGUUGAUUUACAGCCGUCGCGAGUGAGUAACGUACCGUCAUGAGUCGUUCGCCAACUUUCUCGAGCAGUGAUGUGAUACGAUAUAGAAACGUAGAAACGGCAUAUCUUUAGAAAUUAUUAGGUACUGAUUUUUUUGUGAAAUACCAGCGAAUUAAAUGUGGAACAGUGGAAUAAAUGGAUUAUAGUGAAAGUUUUGUUUGAACAUAAUAACGGAUUGGAAAAUCAAAAUGAAGUGGUUACUAGUUACAGUGAGUGUGGUGGCGUGGGAAACGAUUUUGGCUGGAAUCGCUCCUCCCGGAUCUUGUCCAGCCGUGUGUGCGUGUAAAUGGAAAGGUGGUAAGCAGACUGUGGAGUGUGUAGACCGUGCACUUAUCACCGUGCCUGAGCCGGUGGACCCCGCAACGCAGGUGCUCGACCUCUCUGGGAACAACCUCCAGAUCCUGCCUCAGGAAGCGUUCGCCAGGACCGGCUUAGUCAAUCUACAGAGGGUUUACCUGCGUAGCUGUAGCAUUGGCCAAAUUCAUGAUCGGGCCUUUAAAGGCCUAACUAAUUUAGUAGAGUUAGACCUCUCUCAUAAUUUACUCACUCAAAUACCAACUAAUAGCUUCAAGGAUGCUCCAUUUCUUAGAGACCUCACUCUGUCUCAAAAUCCUAUACUCAAAGUUCAUUCGGACGCGUUGAGUAGUUUGGGAAGCAUCGUAAAACUUGAUUUGUCUAGAUGUGAUAUAAGAGAUAUAGCAGCUGACGCUUUCCGGCAAUUAAAAUCUCUGGAAUCUUUAAAGCUCACUCAUAAUAAGCUACGGGAUUUACCUCUGAGCUCCCUUGAAAGAUUAGAAAAAUUGAGGGCCAUCGACCUGUCCGAUAAUCCAUGGACUUGCGACUGCCGGCUUAGAGACUUAAAGCAAUGGUUAGAAAAACGUAAAUUACUUUCGACACCUGCGUGUUCGGCACCGGCGCGAUUGGCCAAUCGACCGUUUGCAGAAUUAGCUAUUGAAGAGUUUGCAUGCAAACCAGAAAUAUUACCUGUGAGCAGACAUGUAGAGACAGCCGUAGGGGAAAACGCUACUAUAACAUGUAGAACAGAAGCGAUGCCAAGCGCAAAUAUUAAUUGGUAUUGGAACGGCCGAUUACUUCAAAACGGAAGCAGUUUCAAUUCUCAUCAAAAAGUUUAUAUCUUUGAAGAGGGCGAAAGCAAAAAGAAGUCCACCUUAGUAUUAACUAACACACAAGAAACAGAUUCAGCAGAAUUUUAUUGUGUCGCCGAUAACAAAGGUGGAAAUGCUGAAGCCAAUUUUACGGUACACGUUACACAAAUGGCUGCUGGAAUGGCGUCUUUGGGGAGCGCACAAAUAGCGAGUCUGGGAGCCGCAUUGUUCUUAGUUAUUGUCGUUAUUUCUCUGGCUUUACUCAUUACGUUUGUCCGGUUUCGUUCCGCGCCGGCUUGCGAAAGCAAAACUCCUAAUACUAUAGACAGAGUUGUGUCCGGUAACGAAGUGCAUCCAGCGACGACAGACAGACCUCAAAUGGCAGUUUUGGCUAACCAGCAAGAAUCGCCAAAUUACAAUGACCCAAAGUGCAAUCCUGUGUUGAAGCCACCCCGAGUUAAUGACAUUCCAUAUACAACAAACCAUUACGAAGGUAGAGGCAGUAUCGUUACUGCCGGAGGACCUGCGGUAGUAUCACCGACAGUUUCGACCGGCAUCGAUCCUGACCUCAUCAACGACACAAGGCCCGACAGCGCCGCUCGCCCGGGGAGCGGUGAGUACGCCCGCGAGGCUUGUGAUUCCUUGUAUCCCUCCGGUCUCUGGGACCAAAUGAAAAUGAAUCAAGCGAGUAACUUGGCUCGUGCGGUCAGUUCUGCAAUACCUGCGUACUACAAUGAUCGUACGCCGAUAAUAGAGAACUGUAGCGUAGACGGUUCACAAGAAGAAUUGGGGUACAUGAGUCGAACGUUUCCUCGAUCUCAUGCGGUAGCUUCGACGACCCCCGUGCCGACGUCGACGGCGCCAGGUGAUCCACCUUACCCACCAGACUAUGGGCUGCCAGUGAAUGGGGCGCGCACGCUGCGCGUGUGGCAGCGCGCUCCUCCUGUCCUGCCACCCGUGGCAGCACUCAAGCGCGUACUCACCAUAACCAGGCCCUCCGGUGACGAGGGCUAUCAUGACGGCUGUGCUACUGAUGUUUAAAAACCUGUUACAUAUCUAGAUAACAUGUCAAAAGUUGUAAAUAGCAUAAAGGCAUAAGGUAUAAUCUAUAUACGUAUAAUAUGUGUAAUCUACACCUACACAGGUUUUUAGUGUAAUAUUUUUUGUAUCAUAUUAUUAUUUAUUUAAGUAUGUAAGGGAAAGUUAAAUUGGAUCCGGUCGAAGGGUCCGCGACUGAUUAGUUGAAGGAAGUAAGUGUACAUUAUUACGUGAUAUGGAGUGGUAUCGUGUUUGAUCGCCAAAUAUAAAAAUACUGAUUAUAAAUAUAUUAUCUUGGUUGUUGAAAAUCAGUUAAGAUGUUAAAUGACUAUAAUUAACGCCUAUGUGUAAGAACAAGACCUAAUUAUCCGAAGAUAUUCAUCAUUGUCAUCUUCCCCUCAAAGUAAUAUAUAUAUAUAUAUUACUACAUAAAUAUGUUCAUGUUACGGACAGCGAUUCAGCUUGAAUACAAUACUGUCCAACUGUAUACCCAUGACAUUGAUUUUUCCAGAUUUUCUUAAGAAAAAAUCAGAGUAGCUACAUUGAUGAAAGCAUUACUGUGUUGCUGAGCGUACAUGAAUUCAUGGUG